UUGGACACGGGCCUUCCUAGUCAAAUGUCGUGUCCCAUUCUGGAACAAAACCCACACACUCACACUCACACAGCGUUCUCAUUCUGCUUGUGACGUGGACAUGGGGGACGCUGGUGAAGGGGUUGUGUCCUUACAGGAAUGGCAAGGUUGGGGCACCACUUCCCCAAUCCCAACAUUGGUUACUCAAAUCGUUGAGGAUUUAAAGGUUCUAGAGAAAGACUUUGAUGCCCAGAUGAGCUUUGGUGGCAAUGGUGGAAAACUACAGGGGAAUCUCAAAACACAAGAAGAUAAGAAACAUCGCGCAACCUAUCAGGCAUUAGGUGAUUCAGAGAAAAAGCUCCAAUUUUAUGCAGCUAGACAGAUAGCUUGUCGCAUACUUGGAAGCAGGGGUUACCUUUGUCAGAAGUGCUGGCUUCCUGUGGAGGAUUGUAUGUGUUCAAAAGUUACAUCUUGCUUGCUCUGCCCCGGAUUAAGGUUUUGGUUGUAUAUGCAUCCCAAGGAUUUCUUACGACAGAACAACACUGGAAAGCUUUUGUGGCAAGUCUUUGGUGUUGAUGUGGCAACUUUGUGCCUUUUUGGCAUUCCUGAACAUGAAGAAAUCAUGUGGAAUUCCUUUAAAUUGGCAGGAAAAAGUAAGGUGUGGUGUCUUUAUCCCAACAAGGGUGCAGUUUUAAAAUCAGUUCAAGAUGCAUUUGGUCAGGAACCAGUUGCAAACUAUGAAGUCACCCCAGCAAAGCAGUUAAAAGUAGACUCAACUGUGCAUUUUAUUUUGAUUGAUGGGACGUGGAGUAAUUCAGCAGCAAUGUUUAGGCGCCUUCAGGAUCAAGCAAAGUCAGUUUGGGGAGAUGAGGACCUCGCGUGUUUAUCCCUAAACCCUGGUGCUUCUGCCAUGCAUAAACUUAGGCCCCAACCAUCUUGGGAUCGUACAUGUACAGCAGCAGCAGCUGCUGGUCUGCUCUCAGAGCUUCAACUUCUUCCACUGUUUAACUCCUUUGGGUUGGAUAAUCAGGCAGAAGCAGUAGAACAUGCUUUGACAGUCCUAUUAGAAGCUCUGACAAGCCGACGUCUUCGCAUGGGAAGGUCCAUAACACGAAAAGUGAGGCAUACCAUCUGUUAGAGAUCUAACCAAGUUUGUUCUGACAAACUAAUACAGUAAGCCUCUUGCAGUUUUUGAAGUGAGGGAAUUCUCAACCCUGUACAUAUAGGCUCAAUGAGAAAUGGUGGCUGUGGUUAUGUAGACAAGAAUUUUCCAGCCUCUUCAUAUAAAUGUUUGAUAAAGGUUUUUAAAGCCUUAAAUUUCAGUUCAAAGAGUGAUUUAUAAAAUAUUCCUUCCAUUUACAACAUUUGGAUAGAAGUGUACUUCUAACGUAAUUUUAGUGAACGAUGGAAUAUUGGAGUGCAUCCGGUCUUGGA